UGGCCCGACCGAAAAGAUGGCGGACCGUUGUUUUCGACAUUGCUCGCGCUCACAGCUCGUCGGCGAGGUACGACGAGGCACAGCACGGCUCUGAAACCGAUCUCGCGCGAGAGUUGACAUACCGCGUGCGCGAUAGUCCCGGCCGCGAUAGAUCGUCGUUGUGUCAGUGACAGUCGCGCGUGUCGACCGCAUCGCGUAUACAGCACUCGCCGCAUCGUCUCGAGCGUCAUUGUCGCUCCGUCGUCGUUAGUGGUAGUGGUGUUGGUGGUGGUCGUCGUCGUCGUCGUCGUCGUCGUUACUCCCGUGCGAGGCGGUAUAAAUCACACACAGAAUCACCCCGGAACCGAGCCGUCCCGACGACGUGUCGUCGGCGCGCCGAGGAGUCAGCACCUGGGACGCCGUCGAGUCCGGGCGCUGAAAAUGAUCGCGCUCCACCGCGAGUUUUUCUAACCCCCCCUAUCCGCUGUUUACGCGCUCCCCGCGAGAGACGCGAUUUUGGUUAGGUUGUUUCGGCAUCGAGAUACCCGCGUCGAUCCUGAUGACACCGGAACGCCGUAGCGCGUGUUCCCCGCGGUGGCCCACGUUGACAAUGUGACGCGCCGUCGGAGUCCCGACGAUUUGCUGACGACCGACGAUGGAUAACGCGCCCGCGAUGGCGAGCAACGAUUUCGACGCGGAGCAUUUCGAGCGGAGGCUCCACGCGCUGAAGGACUCGCAGGAGUCUAUCCAGGGCCUGUCCGCGUGGUGCCUCGACAGGAGGCAGCAUCACAAGAAGAUUGUCACCACAUGGCUGCAAGUUUUAAAGAAAGUGAAAGUGGAACAUCGGCUUACGUUAUUCUAUUUGGCGAACGACGUUAUUCAAUACUCAAAGAGGAAGAAUUUCGAGUUUGUGGAGUCAUGGGGCACUACUCUGCAACGUGCGACACCCAUGGUUCGCGACGAAAAAGUGAAGCAUCGUAUACUGAGAAUCUUCAAGAUCUGGGAUCAACGGCAAGUUUACGACGAGGAGUUUCUCGCCGAUCUGUCCGGCUUAAUUUCGGCGGCGCCAAAAAAGAAAUUGGAGCCGCCGCCGACCACGCAGCCCGAGGAGUUUCAGGCGGCCUUGCUCAUUUCUACCAUGAGGUCCUGCGCGACUCUGGAACAGGCUACUGACGCCAGAUUGCGUGAUCUACGGGAGAGCAACAUAGAUAUUGAAUCUGUAGAGGAGUUGCGUGCGUCGCUGAAGGACAGAAGGCGCAUGGAAGAUGCAGAAAAAGAAAUAGAUUCGGUCGCUAGGAGCGUCGAGAAUUAUGUUCGUGCGUUAGAGGCAGAGAUUAGAGAAAGGACACAAGUGGUUGAAUUGCUGGAGACAGCGGAUCAGUUUUACGAGACUCAACGUGGGGAAGUUAAAAUAGUGACAAAUGCGUAUCGAAAUUUUGGAAGUCGUGUCAAAAAUUUGAAGAAAAAGUUAGACGAGUUGCUGCCUACAUUCAUCUCGCCUAUACCGUCGCCGGACAUAAAUGCACCCUCGCCGAGUCCCGACAGUGAUAUCGAGCUACCAGGAGAUGAAACUCAGGCAGUGAAUAAUCAGUCGGGAAUGAUCGACGUAGCACCACCGUCUAUCUAUGGUUCAUAUCCUCACGAGUAUAAUCCUAUACCUGUACCUGCACCUGACUUGGUACAAGGCAAUGAGUCGACGGAUUUUACUAAUAAUUUCCCUUCCUUUAUGGGAGGAAAUUUAGAUUUUGGUAAUAUGAGAAAUUUAUUUAAUGAAACCUCUGAGGCACCUUCCGGGAUGUCUCAACAGUACAAUGAGUCUUUAGAGGCAAAACCAAUAGAAGUAAUCAAUAUGAGACCUUCGAAAAAUGAAAAGAACAAUCCGGACUUCAAUAUAUCUAGUUUCCUGAAAACAGUUCUUCCCUCCUCUGAUGGCACGUCAGAAUCUGGUGGAAUUCCAGGUCUAGGCCUGGAUGUUACCGAAAAUCGAGUGGAAUCGCCACGUCCCAAUUAUAGACAUUCGCCCUCGUUGGGCCCACAUCCCGUAACGCCUGUGAUCUCAAGAAUGAUGAAUAGUCAGGGUACACCAUCCCUCAGUGGAGGUGGUGGCUUAAAUAAUUGCCAGAUGAGUCACAGUACCCCAUUGCCGGUUCGCAAUAUGUCCGAUUCUCACACACCCUCUCCGUAUUCCAGUCAGAACAGUCAAAGUAAUAUAACUGGUCCCUUUGACGGGCCCACCAAUGCCAAUACAGUUAACCCUUUACCUCCCCCACCCUUACCGCCGCCUAUCUUCCUCGAUGACGAGAAUUGUUACAACAAAUUGCCGCCGAAAUUUCCCACAUGGACGCCGCCGAACGAGGGUAUUAAAGACUCAGCCAAAUGGGAGGAAAAAGGCAAGAAUAGCAUGAAUCCCACGUGGCCUGGCGAGUGCGAUGAUAAAAAUAAAAAUUCGUGGAUGGACGGCGAUGGAGACAGAUGGGACUCCAAUAACGAUUCCACAUGGCCGGUCAGUGGCAGGACAAAGAAUGACAUGCUGUCUGAGACUCCCGAAUCGCCACCUAUGUAUGAGAAAGCCGGUUUCGCCGAGCCGGUAGAAUACAACGAGCCACAACCACAAGAAUCUCUAAAUACCACAGGAGAUGUGGAUCAUAGAGUAAUUCCAAUGCCAAUGACCCGCGAGAAUCAGCUUCCAUAUCGCUUGAUAAAAGCAGGUGAUGUGGAUCAUCGUAAUCUGAUUAGUCUAACUGGCAGUCCGGCAAAUCACCACAAUCUUGGUGAUUCAUCGCUGUCUGUUUUACCCAAUAACAACAACUUGUGGUCCACCAGUGAUCAGGAUUAUCGACGACAUAUGCAACCUGGUGACAUUGUCGAGAGUGUUGAUAUGGAGAUGUCGGACGACGAAGCCGACAGCAAGCCGAAAGGCAGGGUUCUCGUGGAUCUCAGGUUGCAGGAUCGUGACAUGCGUGUUGGUGUACCGCCAUCGUCUCAUCACGAUAUGGAUAUGCGUAUGAUUCCUCUUCCCAUCGGACAAAUGCCCGGCCCGCGUGAUAGUCAACUCAUGCAGGAUAUGCAUUUGAUGCAUUCGGGACCACCUCCACCGCCGCCGCUGCCGCAGUUUCAGCAUCAGGGUCAAGGUGGUUUCCGGCAAGAACAGCCGGAAUUUUCCCAUUGUAAACAGCCGGUCGAUUUUCAUCCGAAUCAACCGAAGUUUCAGCAAAACAGGCCACCAAACUUCCUGCGGAAUCAACAAGAUUUUCAUUCAAAUCAACAAGAAUUUCAUCAGCUUCAUCAGUCGCAGCAGGAUUUUGAAUAUCGCGACAGAGAACACAAUAUCCGCUCCAAGCAAGAUUUCUUGGCGGAAUCACCGGGACGCGGAAGAUAUUCCCAAUCGGCGGAUCACCAACAUCAACAUGAUUCGUCCUUUCAUAGAAACGAGUGGAACAAUCGCGGUGGUGGCAAUCGUGGAUUUCCGAGGAAUCGCCGAGAUAGAUAUUCGGAAGACCACAAUGUACAAAAGCAGCGGAACAAUCUGGCGAACAGUCGCAAGUCGAGAUCGCAGGAUCAACAACGUCACCAAUCACCGUCGGAGAUCUUGCCCAAUAAUCGGUCGAUAUUGCAACCACCUGACACCGCCGUUAUUUUCGACGAGGAGGGUAUGCCAAUCGGCAUACCAGAAUUCGAUCAGGAUAAUAAUGCGGUAUCCAAUAAUGCUGACGCUCAAGCAGAACCGGAACGCAAUUCCGAUAACUGUCAGAGCUCUUCGGCACCACAUGCACGACGGACUUCGCAUGAGAUGCCGAGUUCUCACGAUUCUGAACGCAACCAACAACAGCAUCAACAGAAUUAUCAGUUGGGCUCUGAUCACGAGCAGCGGACAUUGCCUUCGGCCGAGUCGGAAGAUCAGUCAUCAUCGAUAAAUCAAGUGACAGUUAUUCCGAUAAGAGCGGAUAACGUCGGCGAUGAAUCGCAACAACAGCAUGUUCCUAUUUCAGAAUGCGAGGAGCACGUUGAGUCGACCGAACACUCCAAUCUCGCGGAGAAGACAAGCGCGACCGAUGAGUCGAUUAAUCAGGGACAGAAUGUGAAUUCUACGGAAACGGAGUCGUUGGAUGACACAUUGAAUAAAGAUUUAAAGAGAGCGGCGAACGGUGAUUGCGAUGAGCAAAGUCACGAGGAAGGAAGCCCGAGCAAAAAGAGGCCACUCUUACAGAAUGGACCGCCAAUGCUGAAUGAUGACUUGUCUGGCCCGAAUGGUCCCGCACCGACGACGGAACCGCAUCUUGUGAUGUACGAAUACGAUGGACCAAACUUCCGACCACGCAUUGGCGCACCCUUCCCACUCUGGCGAGGUGGACCUCCUCCACCUUCUUCUAGAGGAGGUAGAGGAGGGCCUUUCAGAGGUGGGCCUGUGGGGUUACCGCGAGGCCCAUGGAUGGACAGAGGACCACGCGGAGGUCCCGUCGUCGGAAACUUCUCGCCGAGAGGAUUGAAACGCGGAGGCAAACAGUUUUGGGGCGGCGGUGGUUUCAGAGGCCGGGGACGAAGCAGUAACUGGUAGAUAAGGCGACAAACUUUAAAAAGACUCGACGACUCUCCCGUUGUCGUAAUCUGACCGGAUACAUAUGCGAAACGCGUUUCCGCGUGUCUCUGUAAAUAAACAAACCGACACGCUUCGGUGUUGACACGCGCGUGCGCUCGCGCGUGCGAAAACCUACCCAUUCAUACAUACACAUAUGCAUACAUACACACAUACAUACAUACAUACACACGCGCACACACGCGCACAUAUAAUGCAUAUAAAAGUAGAUACAAACUCAAUUGGUCCUGAACAGUGAAAUCUUUAAUAAUGAAGAUUAUUCACAUCCUGUGCGAUUGAUUCGCCUAUAUAAAUAUAUAAAUAAUAGAAACUAUAGAUAUAUAUAUUAUAUAAAUAUAAGCAUAUUUAGUAUAUGUUUCGUUAAGAUCUUAACGAGUGUUAUCGAAGCGGCUUGCGUUCGCAUAACUGUAUAUACAUGUGUACACACAUAUGUGUUAUUAUCGUGCCCAGUAAAUGAUUAGGGGCAACGUACGAGGAAUCUGGACGCGAUACGUCACUCAUAGUCGCUACGAUAAUGACCACAAUCGUUGCUACUCCCAUAAGACUUUUAUGUCAGGAGGGUUUGCGUUUAUGUAUGCGCUGAGAGAACGAUUGUAACGAUAAAUUCGCCAUCUCGCGAAUUAGAGCGGCCGCUUUGAGCGAGACCGAGCAUUGGAAAUCGCGAAAAUCACGGUAGUUAAUUGACGAUAGUUAAUUAAUGGCAUCGAUUGGAACCGAGCGUAAUUUCGCUGAGUUCAAAUUUCCGUGAUUUACGAGAAUGAUUGUUAUAAAAUGAUUAUGAUUGGCGGAAAAUGAGCUCUCUCUUUCAUCGAAAUUACGGCAGUUUCAAAUUUUGGCUAAUAACAUGUGUUUCUGACCCGAUCGCUAUGAUCGCUAUAUUCCACGAAACUUCUAUUAUUUCCCUCCUCGUCCAUCUUCAAAAUAAGAAUGCAAUCUUGUUUUCCCCCUGCCUACACCUUCAAUCCAUUUGACUAUAUUCGUCGUAUUUGGUCAAGAGGUUCAUUAUAAGAGAAGAGAAAAAGGAAAAAAUGGAAAAUACACAGGCGUGUUAAUGAACAUUUUUAAAAUGUACUAAUAAAAUAGUGUUUACGUUCUAGUCGCUUCGUACAUUUUCCCUAUUGUUAUUUCUCGUUUGUAUUGUAGUUUGUGUAGGCAAUGAAUGUUUCUUCUUGAUUGUAGAUCGUUUUCGUUCGUAAGGGAAGAAAUGGCAAUAAUUAAUCAGUAAUUCGAAGACUCAAUCGAAAGCGUCACAUUUAAUUCGUUUGUGUUUCGAGAACUAUAAAAUCACAAAAUUGUUUCGUCUUUAAUAUUCGAUUCGAGAGAUAGGCUGACGAUUAUAAGGUGCUCUUGUAAAUAUUUUUCUGUAUUUAUGACUGAAAAAAAGAGAUUGUAAAGUGAAUAAGACUUCAAUGUCGGAACGAUACGCUUGUUUCAUUAGCUAUUCGCAAAAUUCUUUUAUCGUUUUACAAUUGCUUGUUCAAUUGUCGCCAAAUCGUUAAUCGCGAAUUUCGGAUUGUUUAGAAAUCCUUUGGAAAUGAAUUAAUUUUAAUUUUUAUGCUUUUUGAAAAUUAAUUUUUAUUUUUAUUAUAUCGAUCAGUAGAUUUACUUUUUCUUCGGUUUGCAAACUGUAGUCUGAGUUUACAUUGUUUUGUUAAAGGCAAGCGAAUCGUUGCGACAAAUCGAACUCAGUGUAGCAAGUGCAAAAGAAAAAUUUCUCUUCUCUCUCUCUCUCUCUCUCUUUCUCUCUCUUUCUGGUUGUUUAAUAAAAUAAUAUCGAGGACCUUUCUCUCUCUCCAGCUCUCAAGUUUGAUCAGCGAAACCCCCGUUCUCGACGACACCGUUUUACCGACGCACGCAGGUCAUUCGCGACCCGUAAAUGUAUUAUUACGAUUAUUGCGAGAACGUAAAACGCACGAUAUACCAUCUCGUAUAUAUUUAUUAACCCGUCGUAUUUCCUUUUUCUUCUUUUUCUUUUCUUUUUUUUUCUCUGCAAAUAUCGCGAUCUCGACACGCACUGCCUUAUGCAUUCCUCAUCUUUUAUUUCUUCCGCACACGUGAUUGCAAAAGUACGAGGAAGAGAUGCGAUUUAUCGAUCCGUUUUGUGGCUCGCCGUCCGUUUCGUUCCUUUUCCGACCCCGUGGUGAUGGCGAUUAAAUUAGAUUAGGGCCGUUCAUCGGUCGGCGAGCGAAAACGAAGACGAUAUUGCCUUAGAUUACACGGGGGGUGAGAGGAAGGGAGGGAUACACGUGGAAUAUGCGGCCGCAAUGCAAUUUCAUGAACAGGAUGGUAAUAUCCAAAAUGGGAAAAAUAUUUUCGAAGAUAUUACAUCUGUUCUUGCGUAGUAUAUGUGUCGAGCAUGAAACUCCUGACACUUCCGAAAGAUGUAGGAUAUAUCGGAAGAUAUAUAUUUACGAUAUAGGCUGUCUCGGAAAGGGUGUGAAUUAGUAAUAGGAUCUUCUCUCCCGCGAUAUGUGUACAUUUCACGAUGUUUUUCCUCUUCCUUUUGAAACAAUAAAAUCACAAUUUUUUUGUUUUUUAAUUGAAAUGACGAUUACAAAAGUAUUAAAAUAAGUAAGGCAUUUCUUUUUUCUAUUUAUUGUGUAUUUGUAAUUGGCGGAAGUUGUGUAGAGCUGCAAUUGAUUUGUGAGCAUAAAUAAGAUAAUUAUUAAUUAACAAUAUAUUACAAAUAAUUAAAUAGAGAUAACUUCUUGUUAUUGACUUAAGUUUGGCAAUGUGAGUUAAUAAAAUUCCUUACAGACGUUAAAAUAUUAAAUUGAAAGUUUGCUGAUUAUUACAAUAAAACGAAUAUCGAAUGAGUAAUUUCAAUAAACUGCAGGGUAUUCCUUAAGUAUAAGGUAGUUAAUGGUAAAAUUUUUUUUUCUUUUAUAAUUUUAUUUUUUCUUUUAUAUUAACAGAAAUCUGUCUUUAAUAUUAAAUGAUGAAAAAUACUGUUAAUGAUAAAAGUUACGUUAAAACUUGCUAAUCUUUCUAAUCUGUUUUUAUUUUGCCAAAACAGAUAAAGACUUACGUGAGUAAUAAUUUAAAAGAAAAAUUUUAGAUAAAGGAUCUUUCUCAAAUCUCUUUGCAGAGCUAUUAUUAUUACUGACGUACAUCACAUUUGAGACAGCCUCUGUACAUUCAUGUACACACAACGCUUUUUCUUUCAGAAGCUACAUUUCGCACUUGAAGUUUCGAUAAUAGAACCUUCCUUCAUUAUCGAGAACUUUGCAACUGUAAAUUUAGUAUGAAAAUUUUAGCUAGAAGUGCCUUUUUCACUAAAGCAGAUCUUCAUCUUGUAUUUUAUGGGGUAAAAGUGUAAUACAUCUUAUUUUCUGAUGGGGGGGAAGAGGGGUGUAUAUAACAAAAUUAUAAAUAUUUCUGCAAUUUAAUUUAAUUAGUCGAAUAUGUGAAUGAAUAAUGAAAGAUGAAAGAGAACGAAGAACUGUGUAUAUGUGUAUGAGAGCGCGAGAGAAUGGGAGUGUGAUAGAGAUAGAGGAGAGUGAGAGAGGGUGGGAAGUACAGAAUAAUCGAUCCAUAGUUCUAUUAAUAAACGAGGCACGAUUAUUCCAGAGAAUUAUCUUGUACAUUAGAUUAAUGUUCAAUUAUUUAAUUCUACAUUAACGUUAAUGUUAAUAUGUUUUAUAUCAAGAUAUAAAACAAAUGUGUGCAUACUGUGUAUGCGAAAGGUUUUGUACAUUGCCUAAUAAAAGAUUGAUCUUUA